UCCUAGAUCAGAACUCCUAAUCUGAGAUGCUUUUUGAAAACGGGCCUUGAACCCCUUUCACUCUGUCUGUCUGGCACAGCACAGCUGAGCUCUGGACUACCUGAUCUAGAGAGAGAGUUAAUAUGGUUCUGCCCCUUGAACCCUAUCACUCUGUCUGUCUGGCACAGCACAGCUGAGCUCUGGACUACCUGAUCUAGAGAGAGAGUUAAUAUGGUUCUGCCCCUUGAUCCCUCACUGUGUUCCUAUCUUUGCCAGCUUUCCUAGAGAUUGUAAGGCGGUGGGAGUUGAGGCAACAAAAAUCAAGUGUGCUUGUAACCAACUGGCAGUGAACCUAGUCGUCAGUGUUGAGAGUGGGAACAGUACACCGACGUUAAACGUCAAACGACUGUACAGUUCACCUAUCAGUGUAAGGGUGACAGUUGCAUAUGAGGUCUGGAAAUCAAAGUCAGUGAUAAGCUACUGUGUGAUUCUAAUUUAAUCUAAUCUAAUCUAAUCUAAUCGACACGGACACAAAAGUGACGUGAUUGGGACAUACAUUUUUUUAUUUUUUUUUAAUGAAAGUUAAUACAAAUUAUUUACCAUAGUAACAUUCAUUGGGUUAUUGAUAGAUGGACUUCUAAAUAACGCAAAUAAUAUGUUACUAUGGUAGUCAGACUAUGGAAUUGUGAUGUGGAACCUCCUCUGUGACAUCAUAUUGUGUCCAAGCACAGUCACCAUAGACAUUAUGACAUCAUGAACAGUCAUCUGUGGUUUAUUGUGACAUCACCAUCCCUCUGUAUCCAUUUGAGGACAACAAAGUCAGUGGGUCAUGAGGUAUGGCAUCUUGGAGGUUGUCAAAUCCAUCAACUGCCCCUGGUAUGUUCAGAUAAUUAAUUGAAAAUAAAUAUUGCAUUACAAUAUCAUUGGUUAUUACAAUAUAUAGAACAUGCCAAUAGUUUGAAUUAUGCAUUUACUUUGUAGAUUCAUAUGUUUACUCUUACAGAAUAUUAGUAAGGUCAACCCUGUCUGAAUUAACAGUUUCUUUAAGAUGCCAUUAAAGAGGCGAGGGCUACAAAUCUUAUAGAUUAUAGUGGUAAAACAUACGGUAACAGGCUACUGUAGGUGGUUGUUUCUGUCUGAGAAAACUUAGUGGUACUCUGUUUCCCUGCCAGUCUGUGGGAGGCGUAGGGGGCUCAGGAGACCUCUCUCCAUGGCCAGAGACUCACUGAAAGUACUGAGGAGGGGGAGAGAGGGGAGAGGGAAGCGUGGGACUCCGGCUUGCCCCUGCCCACCAGGAGCCUCUGAGCCAACAGAGCAGAGAGACUCUCCCCAGCCACAGUGCAGGAGAGUGGACGCCAACUCUGUGAGAAGGCGCAGGCCUCCAGUAAUCGGCUCUAGAGAUGGGAUGAAACACUUUCCCCGUAAGAGGCUGGAGGCCGACUCUGUGAGGAGGUGCAGGUCUCCGUGCGGAAGAAGGAGAAACUCUCCCCAAGGCAGGAGGUUAGACAACCCUAUCAGGAGACGCAGGUCCCAGAUCGAGAGGGACCAAUCUCCUGGGAGCUGCAGAGAGAGGGAGGGAGUGAGUGAUGAGAGUAAGGAAGAAGAGGAAGGUAGCAGCAGCAGCUCUGGCUCUGCCAGUGAGAGUGAGACAUCUGGAGAGAGUGAAGGAGAAAGACAGGAGAGAGAAAGUAGAAGAGUGAUGAAGCAGGCUGCUUGUCUGUUUGAAGAGAUAUCAGGGCUGAGGGUCAGGGAGAGUCACACCCAGGAGACAGAGAGUGAGGAAGAACAACAACAAGCAUUCCCUUAUUUGUUGAGAGUAAGGACCAACAGAACACCCAACCAUUUACCAGUAGAGAACGCUAGAGGCCGAGCCAGACCCAAACCAAAACCAAGUAGGAGCGAACCCACCAACAACGACUCUCCCGGCCCAUCCCGAGCCAAGAACCCACGCAUGAGGCCCAUCAUGAUCAAACUGAAUUCCAGAGAGAGAGUCAAAGCCAAGGACAUGGGGGAGGAAUCGCUCCUGAGCCGACGCAGAAGUCGAAGUGAGACAUCCAGCAGAAGUCCUUCUUCUCAGAGUGAGACAGUAGGAAGACGGGUCACUCCAGCCUUAACGUACACUUACAGACUAAGGCCCAGAGCCCCAGCUCCAGCUCCACAUAGGCAGGCCGAGCUUGAGAGAGAAGCUGCUGCCAUUAGAGAGAGGGGGAGGAAGAGAAAAGAGGAAACCCUGAGAGGACAGAACAAAGUCCAGGAGGAAGAGGAAGACGAGGAGGAGGAGGAGGGAAAGGAGAGCGCAGCUCUUUCCUGCUCGGGACUGAAGGGAGGGAGAGGAGGGUUGGUGAACAAUGGUAAGGGACUAAACCUGAGAUGGCGUGAUGACAACACCAAACGGAAGAGAAGAAAGAGGGCCAGAGAGGAGGAGGAGAGCAGUGAGGAGUUGGUGGAGAGGGUGUGGUCCAGGGAGGGCUGGAAGAGGAAUAAGAACAAUAGAAACACUAGUCCGGAGAAACCCAUCGUUAUCCACUAUCUAACCCGACAAAGGAGAGGCCAGUUGAAGAACCCACUACCCAACGAUAGAGGAUCGUCCUCUUCUUCUUCGUCCUCAGACUCCAGUAUCUUUAAUCUUGGACCCAACCCCAGUAGCUUUGAGUCUCUUUUCACACUAGGGAGCAUGCUGGGUAAAGGAGGAUGUGGGGCGGUCUACGCCGCCAUGCGCAAAAGUGACGGCCAACAGGUGGCCAUAAAGUAUGUGAACAGAGGAAUGGCCGAGCCAUACGUAAAGCUUCCCGGAGAGAGGAGUGCCUUGCCCCUGGAGGUGGCCCUGAUGCAGAUCGUCUCACGGCCCCCGUCCUGCUGCUACGUGCUGGGCCUGCUGGACUGGUUCGAGGAGGCCGAGCGUUUCAUCCUGGUGCUGGAGAGACCCUAUCCGUGCAUGGACCUGUUUGAUUUCAUCGAGGAGCUGGGAGGCCGGGUGGACGAGUGUCUGGCCAGGAUCAUCAUGAUACAGGUGGUACUGGCUGUUCGGCAUUGCCGCGACCGAGGGGUCCUGCACCGAGACGUCAAGGCUGAGAACCUGCUGGUGCAGACGGACAACCUGCGGGUUAAGCUCAUCGACUUUGGCUGCGGAGACCUUCUGAGAGAAUCCUCCUACAGAGACUACUCAGGCACAGAGGAGUACUGUCCUCCAGAGUGGGUGCUGAGCGGUGUGUACCAGGGCCGCCACGCCACCAUCUGGUCACUGGGGGUACUGCUCUACGGCCUGGUGUGCGGCCGUCUGCCCUUCAACAAGGAGGCUGAUAUCAUUGCUGGGCGCCUGCGCUUCAAAAAGGGCCUGACUAAAGAGUGUAAGGAGUUGAUCAACUGCUGUCUGCAGCAGGAUCCCACCAAGAGGCCUGUUCUAGAGCAGAUCCUCCUUCAUGACUGGAUGGCAGAUGGACCGGUGAUCUAGGAGGAACUUUAUGAGACUGGGUGAUCUACCACCUGGGUCAGCUGUGGUCGGCUCGCAGGUUACCAUGACAACAACGAUCAGGGAAGAAACGCAAAAUGAACCUCAGCAAGAUACCAGUAUAUGAAUAAAGAGAAGAAAGCAAUCAAAACACACCGAGUGGCAUGUCAGGGUUUUUUUCCGGCAGUUUUUUCAUAGACAUUUUCCAU